AUGUGCCGUUCAUAUUCAGAUAACUUCAAGAAAUCUCCAUCACCACCACCAGCAGUGCUUGAAUAUGUUCAAGCACCACAAUAUGGUAUUCAAACACCCUCUUAUUCCGUGCAAGGUGCGUUUGCCUAUUUAGAGGCGAUACCAAUCGCCUCACUUUCGUCGUCAGAUCGUCAACGAGCGUUGGCUUAUGCCAGCAACAUAAUUGCUGCAUUGGGACCUGCUACUGGUCCUCCUCCUGGUGUUGCAUCUGGUACUGCAAUUGGACCUGCUACUAGUCCUCCUCCUGGUGUUGCAUCUGAUCCUGCAAUUGGACCUGCUACUGAUCCUCCUCCUGAUGUUGCAUCUGGUCAAAAAUAG